AUGACCUUUACUGAGGACCUCAUCGCCUCAGACCCGGAAGGCUACCGCCUCGCCACGCAGUCCCCCUUCCUCACCGCCGCCGCCGCCGGCACGUGCCCGAAAUCGCACCUGAGCUACUGGCUCUCCAACGACAGGCUGUACAUCCACUCCUACAUCAGGGGCGCCGGCCGGCUGCUCAGCACCGUUCACUUACCGGAUCUCGUUCCCGACGACCUAACAACGCCUCAGAAACUGAUCAUCUGGCUCACCGACGCUCUGUGCAAUAUCAACCGCGAGCUGGCUUUCUUCUAUAAAACGGCGGCCGAAUACAGACUCAAACUCAACCUGCCCGCCAAGGACGGCGUCGUCGAGUCGACCGCCAAGCUCGAGGGGCUGCACCGGUUCGAGAAGCUUUUCGCAAGCUUCGAGACCGGCGAGGAGGUCCUGCCGUGGCUCGAGGGCGCGGUGCUGUUCUACGCGACGGAGAAGUGCUACCUGGACGCGUGGACGGGCGUGAAGGAUGCGCUGGAGCCGGGCAAGGACGGCAGCGACGAUGCGGAUGGCGGGGCGCUGAGGAACGCCUUCAUUCCCAACUGGACGAACGACGACUUCUGGCAGUUUGUUAACGCGAUGAGGGUGACUAUCGAACAUGGCGUUGCGGAGGCCGUCGAGGCGGGGAAGGCGAGUGAGGAGGAGUUGAAGAAGCGCGCGCUGGCGGUUUGGAACCAGGUCCUGGUCGCUGAGAAGGAAUUCUGGCCCGACAUGACGAAAGAAGAUUUUGGAGAGACAGAAUCAUAG